GUUGAGGCCUAUUUGCAUGCUUGGGUGGCAGAGAGCAAUGUGGAUGUGUCUUUAAUGCAGACGAAUUAUUAACAGGAGAUCCUGUUUCUGUUAUUGCAUUCGAGUUUAAUUACAUUAAUGCUUAUUUUCGAUCGAAAUCCUCUAAUAAAUGGAACCUGUUUAAAGGACAUCGGCAAGUGACCUUUGAACUUUAUUAUUUUUUUACCCAGCGUCCCCGUGUAACAUGUAAAUAAGAGAAACAUUUAUAAUUUAUUUUAUCCCCUCUAUUGUGAUGUGUUUGUGAUGCGUUUCCUUUAAAUAUGCAUGGUCUAUUAAAAAACCUAGCCCUUUUACAAAAGCAUUAUAACAUGUAUUUUAUUUAUUCUGGUGGCUUCAAAAAAAUGUGUUAGUAUCCACAAGCAAAUCACCACCUUCUGUUUGUCCAAUCAUUCAAUCAUUACUCGAUACUUUGAAACAUUGAUAUUGUAAGCAUUCUUUUUUUCAAGAAAACAAAACUGCAAUUCUUUCAAUUAUUUUCACUUGUCUUCAAUGCAUAACUGACCUCCUUGCUAUACAUUUUUGAAUCUCAUUUUCCCUGUAACAUGCCAGUGUUGACAUUAAGAUUUCAAUAAAAUAUGAUGGUGAACAUGUAAUAGUUCACUACACAUCCACUUGAAACAAAAAUGUACUUUUAGAUUUCACCCUUACAGUUUCAAGCUCCUCUUUAGGGGGUGAAUACACAAAAAAUGCUAUUUAAACUAUUGGUGUCUGUUAAUUUGCAAUUAACAGACACCAAUCAUUGGCGCAACAAUGAAAUGACUUGAGGCUAUUUUCAAUUAUAUGCAGGUCUUUGUUACACUACCCUGUUGACAACACUAAGAACUCAAGGUUCAAAAGGAGCUGUUGCAGGAUGAACUCAAAUGCACUUUAGAUAAUAUAUUCAGAAUUAAAGAUCAUUCAUAGACAAGCGCUGCCUUUAUUAUUAAUGCCCAUAAACAAAAAGUUAUUUUAUCAAUAUCCUGGAGUAAAUCAGCAAACUCUAUGGUAUUGGCAAAAUUAUUUACAUGUCUCGAAACAGGUGUCAUCAAAGGAAUUUAUUUUAAAAAGUAGACUCCAUUUUCUGGGAGAAGAAGGAGAACUGGAGGAAGGAGAAUUGCAAGAUGAUGGUGAGGAAGUGGAAGUUCAGGAGGAAUCUCAAGAGAAAAUCAAGAAGGAAAAAUCGGAAAAACAAGAACGGGAUCAUGAAGAUGACGAGAAAGAUAAGGACAAAAGUCAUCGUAGGUUGAAGAGAAAAAGGAAGAAAGAAAGAGAAAAGGAAAAGAAACGAUCAAAAAAGAAAAGAAAAUCAAAGCAUAAGCGGCAUGUGUCUUCUAGUGAUGAUUAUUCCGAUUAUAGUGAUGAUUCUGACUACAGUCCUGGAGAGAAGGGAUACCGGAAAUAUCGAGAAUACAGUCCACCAUUUUUGCAGCCAUCUUUCCCCCCAUCUUCAGGGGCUCCUUUGUCAAAGAAGACAUAUAUAAAGCCAGAAAAUAUGAACUACAAUAUGUAUGAGGAGUAUGAAGAUGAUCAGUAUGUCGACUAUGAGGGGGUGGAUGAGGAGGAGGAAGUACCAGGUGAGGAGGAAGAAGAAUAUGAUGAUUUUGCCAAAGAAUUAAGCAAGUACAGGAAAGCUAAAGAAGCUUCUCAGCAGCAGCAGCAGCAACAACAACAAGAGCACCACCAGCAACAGCAACAGCAGCAGCAGCAGCAGCAGCAGCAGCAGCAGCAACAACAACAGCAGCAACAGCAACAACAACAACAACAACAACAGCAGCAGCAGCAGCAACAACAACAACCCCACAUGCCAAUGGGACACCGGGGGUGUGGAACAUCAGGUCCUGGCAGAGGUGGCAGCAGAGGUCGCGGCAUCCGAGGAAGAGGCGGCCGAGGAAGGGCCAGAGGACGGGGUGGAAGAGGAGGCAGAGGGGGAGUUCAUGGUCAGGGCCAUGAACCUCCAGAGCAUGGACCUCAAGAGCAUGGACCUGGGCCAGGACAUGGGCCACCAGGGCAUGGACCAGGGCCAGGACAUGGUCCCCCAGGUCAUGGGCAUGGACCACCAGAACAUGGACCUCCUCAAGGCCAUGGAUCCGGGCCAGGUCAUGGACCCCCUCCAUGUCACAGUUCUGGACCAGGGCAAGGGCAUCCAGGUUAUGGUCAUGGUCAGGGUUCAGGACACAGGCCUAAUCCAGGUCACGGGCCACCAGGCCAUGGGCACGGACCAGGAUAUGGCCCUCCUUGUCAUGGGCCUGGGCCAUUACACGGACCACCAGGACAUGGGCACAUGAUGGAUCCUGGAGAUGAUUGUGACCAUGAUUUUUACGAUGAAGAUAUGCCGUGUCGUGAUGAUAGAAUGCAUAUGAGGAACAUGCAUGAUCAUGGACAUCAGCCUUGCGGAGAUAAGAAAGGAAAAGUACUUUGCAAGUUCUUUGUGGAGGGUAGAUGUUCAAAGGGGGAUCAAUGCAACUUCAGUCAUGAUUUGGGACCACCAAGAAAGCGAGAGCUCUGCAGAUUUUACUACAAUGGAUUUUGCGCUAAAGCAGAAAAUUGUUUGUACAUGCACAAUGAAUUUCCUUGUAAAUUCUAUCAUACGACUGGCAAUUGUUACCAGGGAGAUGAUUGCAAGUUUUCCCAUAGACAUCUAACCGAUGAAACCCGAGAGCUACUGGAUAAGAUGUUAGCCAGUGAGGCAGAAGCUGGUGCAGAAGAUGAAAAGGAAGUGGAAGAACUAAAGAAACAAGGAAUCACGCCCUUACCGAAACCCCCACCCGGAGUGGGGUUAUUGCCUACACCUCCUCGACCUCCAAUGCCACCUUCAAAUCUCCCUAAUAAUGCUCCUCGACCUCCAAUGAUGGGACCAAUGCCUCCAGGUCCUCCACCUGGUCCCCCACCACCAGGUCCUCCACCUCCAGGCCCACCACCACCUGGUCCUCCAUGUUUACCUGGUCAAAAGAAGAUCCCCUCUCUCUUUGAGAUUGUUGUUCAGCCCACCCCACACCUAGCGCAUAAAAUGGGAAUGAAUAGACCACGGUUUCCACCACCGCCUCCUGGGUUCCCAGGGCCUCCGGGACCUCCUGGACCACCAGGGCCUCCCAUAGGUCCAGGACCUGGUAUUGGACCUGGACCAGGUCCCAUGCCAGGCCCUGGUCCAGAAGAGAUUCCAGGAGGGCCUGGAAUGAACCCAGGACCACAAGCAGGACCGGGCCCACCAGUACCACCAUUCAUGCAAGGAGAUCCAGGAAUGAUGCCGCCUAUUCCAUCUGCACCCGAUUUCUAUGACGGUUAUUAUCAACAGCAGGGAAUGCCGAUGGACACUGGUCCAAAUGGAGAAGAAGGGAAUAAUGACGAGCUGGAUGAAGGAGAUAACCAGCAAGUUCUGCUACAACAGAUUGAUGAACUGGAGGCCGAGGAGAAUGAAGGUGCCCCUUCCGGUCAGAAGACAGCAGCAAACAUCCCUGACUUCCUUCCUGCAGCCCAACGAGCGCUCUUCUUGCGCAUUCAGCAAAAGCAACAGGAGGAGGAGGAGAAGGCAAAGAGGAGGGCAGACAGCAGUCAGCAGGAAAAGGACAAUGAGGAGGGUGGUGAUAAUUGGUACUCGAGUGAUGAAGAGGAAGGUGGAAGUAGUAUGAGCUACAUAUUAAAAACACUCCGUCAGCAGUCUGCUAAAAAACCACAGGCACAAGGACAAUGGACGGCACAAAACAAGAAUGGUAGCAGUCAGAGUACUGCUGAUCCACGCCUAAAAAAGGAGAGGACGCAGAAUGCAAAUCGACCAGUGGACCCUCGGAUCUCACGGGACCCCAGGCUAUCUCGAAGCACAGAGAACACCUUGGGGAGCUCUGGAUCUGAGACAGCUGCUGCAGAAAGCAGAACGAUAACUAUACCUAAAGCAGAAGCUGUUCUUCCAACUCUCCCCAGCAGUGCAAAAUCUCAAGCGGUUAUCAAUGAGGAAGAAGGAGAGAGGAUCCUGAGGGAAAAGGUAGUGACUAUUCCUCUUGAUCCCCUGCCUGGUUCCUCACUCCGAGAUCCCAGAUCUCAGCUUAAACAGUUUAGCCACAUUAAAAUGGACAUCUCUCUUGGAAAGCCUUAUUUUGCUAAAAGUAUCUUGUGGAGCCCAGAGGAUUUGAUCCCACUACCCAUCCCAAAGCCAGAUCCGGUUGCUGUCCCUGCACCCUUCCCUGCAUUGGACCCCAGACUGAACCGUUCACCACAAGCUGCGCCUUCAGAUCCCAGGCAGCGCGUUACUGACUCUACAGCAGAGCCCCCACAGCCAGCACCAAUCUCUGCCCUUCCAGAUAUUGGAUUGCUUUCAAGAAUACUGAAGACUGUUGACGCGUCAACAACUAAGGUGACUGGGCAAAAUGACAAGCCUUCUGAUCCCAGGAUGCGAAAGCUACCUGCAGAUCCCAGACUGCAGAGGUCCACUGGUGGACUCCAAACCUCCAACCCCCAACCAGUAAAGCCCUCAGAGCAAAUUGACCCCCCGGCUGCCCCUGCCUUGAAGGAUGUGGGUGGUGGGCUUGCACCGUAUGAUCCCAGGGUGGUUACUGCUGGUGGCCAGAGCAGAGGAGGAGGUGGAGGGCAGAGCACGAUGCUUAGUGGCAUCAGUUUAUAUGAUCCAAGAACUCCAAGCAACCACAGUGGAAAUGUUAAAAAUACAGAGUCUUCCAGUGAAGGUAACAACGUUCAGCUUAAAGGGUCGGAUGUCCCAAAAGGUACAACCAGACAAAAAGAACCGCUGUUUGCACGAAAAUCGACAUUGGAACAACUGGAAAAUGAGAAAUCAAGUUCAGACACUCCCGCAGACCGAUAUAAUAGUUACAACAGACCCAGGCCAAAGCCUGCCGCCGCUUCUGCUGCCUCCACACCGGAGACGGGUCAAACGGGAGUACACAGCCUCCCAGUGCCGUCUCUCUUUGGAUUGGUUCACCCACAGUUAUCUGAGGUGAAACAGGCCAGUAAAUCUGGCUCAGGCAGCCCUUUUGGUGGGAACAGUCCUCUGGAGGAGAGUGAGCAAGAUGCAACCUCGUUGAAGGAAGUUUUUAAAGGGUUCGAUCCCACUGCGUCACCCUUUUGUCAGUAAAGGACAUUGAAUGCUGCAUUAACCUUGUAUAUUUAACCGCGCAGCAGGGGCUGGACGCAGUGUUGGGCAACAUUUUAUCAUAUUCUUUAACUUUGUAAUUUAAUACAGUAAUAAAUGUGAAUAUGCUUAGAAGCCAGGUGAUCAAAAUCGCCAAACCAAACUUUAGUUUAGCGGAGACCAUUAUCUGAAUCCAAUGUGAUUCCAGCAGUUAUUGGCUCUUAUGCAUUCUGUCUAAACAACGAGUUGGUCUGUCUGAUGAAAGUGGCACGUGCAAAGAGCUUGUCUGUGACAAGAUACGGAGUUCCUACUAAUGCUGGAAAAUUCACAAAGGCAUGAAUUUUUCUUUGGCAGGACACAGCCUUUUGGAAAUGUUCAUAUUAAUUAUAUGUAGAAGUGUGUAAUUGAUCUUGAAAGUGGAUGUAAUACGAUAUGGUGUGUUUGUUGUAGUGACAUAAUGAAUUAGCUAAGUAUCUUGUUCUGUGGAUUCCUGAAUUUACUCUUUCCUACGAGAUUAUUCAGAUGGAGAGGGCUGAGGCUGGGUUAUAUUGUGUAACCUCUAUAUUACCAGACUUCCCCAUUGUGAGGCAGGUGGCCAUUAAACAUGACAUGUGUAAGGGUAUAAAACUUCCUAGAUUUAACCAAAAACCAUGCUAGAAAUGUUGAAUGUUGUGAACAUGUAUUUUAAAAAUACACACAUUUGUACAUACGCCACACUCUUGACAGACUAAGGGACCGAGAAUCUUUUUCAUUUAAAAAAAUGUUUAGAAAAAAAGCACCUCCUGUUACCUGCUUGCUGGAAACUACUAUGAACAAGCCACUGUUUUUCAUUCCGAGAACAUGCCCAAUCUGGACAUGUAUGUCUUCCAACUCGCCAUGGUUUUCUUAACUUAAGAAUUCCACUAUCCAUGAUAUAGUCCCAAAUAUCUUUAUAUUGAAGAAUUUCUUCUGUGGAGAAAUCGUACACAAGGUGCUGUUUUGUUUACUUUUGUUUUAAUAUCUUUACCUGGUAAAUGUGUACAAAAAGUAAAGAAAAAGUCAAGCUUUCAUAAUUCUAGGUCUGUUUGUACCUGCGGUUUUGGCACUAAAGAAUCAGAGACUGAUGGAUUAGUGUAGAAUAAUCUGUUUGAUGAAAAUAAAAUGCUUUUUUUCUGUCA